ACUCGCAGCACGAGAGGGAGGUGAAGGACCUGGAGCAGAGGGUCUCCAUCCGCCGCGCGCUGCUGGAGCAACGGGAAGAAAGUCAUCAAUCAAAACGUCUUUGAGCGUCAGACAAGGAGCCUUCCUCACAAUGUCCCGAGAAAACGUCUUCCUCUUCGUCCCCAACGUGAUCGGCUACGUGCGCAUCGUGUUGGCGCUGCUGGCCUUCUCCCUGAUGCCCCGCCUCCCGCUGACCGCCAUGUUGUUCUACCUGCUCAGCUUCCUAUUGGACGAGCUGGACGGCCGCGCUGCCCGCGCCCUCCACCAGGCCACGCGGUUCGGGGCCAUGAUGGACAUGCUGACGGACCGCUGUGCCACCAUGUGCCUGCUGGUCAACCUGUCGCUGGUCUACCCGUCGUACAGCUUCCUGUUCCAGCUCAGCAUGUGUGUGGACAUCGCCAGCCACUGGCUGCACCUGCACAGCUCAACCAUAAUGGGAUCAACCAGCCACAAGAGCAUCGACCCUACUGGAAACACUAUCCUCCGAAUCUACUACACCGAGCCGGUGCUCUCUGUCUUGUGGUUGGGGAACGAGCUCUUCUUCUGCCUCCUCUUCCUCCUCCAUCACAUCCAGGAACCUGCAGCGUGGCUCUACUGGCUGCAGGGCCUCUGUGGGCUGCUCUGCCUCCUGAAGACCGGCAUCAGCCUGGUCCACCUGGUCACCGCCUCCCAGAACAUGGCCGCCAUGGACGCCGCGGAGCGAGAGAAGAAGAGAGAGAAGACGGAGUGAGAGGGGAGGGGAGAAGAAAGAGUGAGAGGGGAGGAGAGAAGGAGAGCGGGGGAGGG